AUUACGGAAAACGUACUGUAGCAGCCAACUGUCUGUGCCGUUUUUAUUACUAUUUAAUAACAACCAAAGCAAAAAAUACUGUUAAUAAACCCUGAAGGGUAUCUUUAUUCUCUUCAAUGGCGUCCCGAUCUCCAUCAUCCUCCCCAGACUCAGCGACGGGCUCCGGUACUGAUCCAGCCCGGCCUGACACCGGAGAGCCACUCGGCGGAGGCUCUGACUCUGAUUCCGAUUUCGGAUUAGGGAAAUUUGAUUGCAGUGCUGGCGAUGCAUCGGCUCGAUUAGAAGGGGCAGAUCUAGAGAAUGAGUUUGAGUCUGCGGCAGACCGGGUCCGAGAUCUCGUGCAGACAGCCAGUAGAGAACAGCUGCUGUAUCUGUACGCCAGGUUCAAACAGGUCAAAGUUGGAAAGUGCAAUACUUCAAAACCUGGUUUCUUCGAUUUCGAGGGACAGAGAAAAUGGUCGGCGUGGAAGCAGCUGGGGGACAUGAGUACAGAACAGGCCAUGCAGGAGUACGUGACCUGUGUACAUGCCCUGGACCCAGAAGGCAGCCAGAAGUCUUCAGAGCGACGAGGAGGAGAAAAGCGAACUGGAUUCGGUGGGCCAGCGGUUAGCUCUCUAUACCAAGAGGAAAAGAUAAGGGAAGAGGACAAAAACAUUUUCGACUACUGUCGAGAGAACAACAUCGAACACGUCAGCAAGGCCAUCAGCUCCAAGACAGUGGACGUAAACACAAGAGACGAAGAGGGCCGAGCUCUCCUGCACUGGGCGUGUGACAGGGGCCAUAAAGACCUGGUGUCUCUUCUCCUGCAAAAUAAUGCUGAUAUCAAUAGUCAGGAUGAUGAAGGACAAACUGCUCUGCACUAUGCCUCAGCUUGUGAGUUUGCAGAAAUCGUCGAGUUACUCCUUAAAGCCGGAGCUGACCCAUCUAUCAAAGAUCAAGAAGGCUCCCUUCCAGAGGAGGUGACAGAAUCUAGUGCCAUCUCUUCUCUCCUGCGCCAGUACACUGCUCCUAAAGGCUAAAGCCAACAAUUUAUUCACACUAACUGUGCUCCUCAUCCAAAUGGUGCAGACCUGCUGUAAAACCCACAUCAGCUCAGCAUUCAAGAACCAAACUCAAUCAACUCAGCAUACUUUAGUACCAAACUUAAUCAACUCUACAACUGAACUCAACAUUAUAGACCUGAACUUUCUUUAGAAUGAGCUGAUGGAAUUAAAAACCUCAAUUUUAUUACCACCAGCUCAGCAUUUCAGAAUUCAACUCAACAUUUUAGAACUGAACUCCAUUGGCUCAUCGUUUCAAAACUGAAAUCCAUCAGCUCAUCAUGGUUUAAGAACAGUUCUAGAAUGCUGAGUUGAUGUAGUUCACAUCUAGAAUGAGGAGCUGAUAGGAGGUUAUUUCUCUGUGCAUUCUGGAACUUGUAACCCAACUGGGUUUCUACAACUGAUCUCAGUAUUCUAGACCUGAACUGAUCUCCAUCAGCUCUUCAUUCUAAAAUAGAUCUCGAUCAGCUCUUCAUUCUAAAACUGAACUCCAUCACCUCGUUAUUUUAGAACUGAACUCCAUCCACUCAGUAUACUAGAGCUGAACACCAUCUGCUUUGCUUUUAGGAAGAGUUCUGACACAAUAAGCUGGAGUUCAGUUCUAAAAUGAGCUGAUAGUUUAAAACCUCAACUUCACUCUACCAGCUCAGCAUUCUAGAACAAAACUCAAUAUUCUACACCUAAACUCAGAACUCAACAUCACCAUUCUAGAACUGAACUCCAUCACCUUUAUUAUUUUAGAACUGAACUCCAUCAACUCAGCAUUCUAGAACUCAACUCAACAUUCUAGAACUGAACUUGGAACUGUACUUCACCAUUCUAAAACUGAACUCCAUUAGCCCAUCAUUCCAGAACUGAACUCCAUUCUCAUGACAUUCUAGAGCUGAUCUUCAUCUGCUUAGUGUGGUUUAGGAACAGUUCUAGAAUGCCAAAUUUAUUCAGUUCUGAUCUAGAAUAAGGAUAAAGGUUAUUUUUCUGUGCAUUCUGGAACUGAAUUCCUUCAGCUCUGCAUUCUGGAACUUGUUUCAUAAGUGGCUUUUUAAAACUGAACUUAGAACUGAACUCUAGCAGCUCUUUAUUCUAGAACUGAACUUCAUCACCCUAAUAUUUUAGAACUUAACUCUAUCCACUCUGCAACACCAUCUGCACAACUUUCUUUAGGAAGAGUUCUGAAACUAUGAGCUGAUAAGUUAAGAACCUUGAUUUUACUCCAUUAGUUAAUCAUCUAGAAUUCAACUUAAUAUCCAGGAACUGAGAACUCUCCUUCAUCAUUCUAGAACUGAACUCCAAUAGCUUGUCAUUCUAGAACUGAACUCCAUCAGCUCAUCCUUAUAGAAAUGAACUCCAUCAGCUCGUCAUUUUAGAACUGAACUCCAUCCUCAUGACAUUCUAGAGCUGAUCUCCAUCUGCUCAGCGUGGUUUAGUUCUAGAAUGCUGAGUUGAUGUAGUCAAAAUCUAGUAUGAGGAGCUUAAAGGAGGUUAUUUCUCUGUAAAUUCUGGAACUGAACAUCGGCUCUGCAUUCUGUAACUUUUUUCUCAUACAGGUUUCUACAACUGAACUCAGUAUUCUAAACCUGAACUUAGAACUGAACUUCAUUAUUUUAAAACGGAACUCCAUCAGCUCAUUAUUUUAGAACUGAACAUGCACUGUGCAUUCUAGAGCUAAACACCAUCUGCUCAUCUUUCUUUAGGAAGAGCUCUAAAAUGAUAAGCUGAUGGAGUUACAAACACUCCUCCAGCUCAGCAUUCUAGAACUCAACUCUGCAUUCUAGAACUGAAUUUAGAACAUUACUUCAUCAUUCUAGAACUCAACUCUAUCAGCUCGUUUUUUUAGAACUGAACUCCAUCCACUAGGCAUUCUUGAGCUGAACUCCAUCUGCUCAGCGUGGUUUUGGAACAGCUCUAGAAUGCUGAGUUGAUGUAGUUUAGAUCUAGAAUAAGGAGCUGAUAGUUUUCCAUCUGCUACGAAUUCUAGAACUAUUAUUGUUGAUUCCAUUUGGCUGCGAAGCACAGACGUUAUACUUUCAGUUAAUUUCAGAAAACUUGUCCUCCCCGUCCUAGAAUGGUACAUUCCAAUGAAUGUGUUACUGUUGUUGCUAUUAAAACAUGCAAAAUUAAAAA